AUGCUCGGCCAGCUGCUCCAUUCCUUCAACCCCUCCCGCCGCGGCACCCCGCGCCAGUCCAGCAACCUCAUAGAGUCCGUCACCGAGGACUCCCACACCCGCAACCUCCUCUUCCCCGACGCCCACGCUCUCUACCAGUCCGACUCGCAGCAGUCUUUCCCGCACAUCUUCUCCACCGGCAGCCCCGCCGGCGGCCCUCCCAACGAUGGCACCCAGGCCGGCAUUGACCUCGACCAACACCGCGACUUCCGGAUCAUAAUCGCCCAGGAUGAGGCGGGUGCAACCCCGCGGACUGUCCUCUUCGACUCGAAGCCGGGCAGCGGGAGUGCCGAUUCGCCUUCGGGCGUCUCCGAGCGGAGGGCGAGCCGAAUGUUUGGGCCCAGUGGAGGCGUUGGUGGGCCCAUGUCGCCGGGUCAGGCGCCGGGUUCAUCCUCUGCCUUCACGCCUGGCCAUGGCAGGAGAUCCUCGCUCGCCGCCCAGGGCUCGGUGCCUCAGUCGCCCACCGUCAGUGCGUUCCAACGCGCCCGCACACGAGGAGCCUCGAUAUCCAACAUGCAAUCGUUUGAGGAGAGCGCGCAGAAUGCUAGGUUGCGAGAGUCGGACGAAAUAGUGAGGACUUGCUUGGAUUGUAUGUUUGGUUCGGCACCAAUGGCGUACCGCGGACCCAGCAAUAAGCUUCACAUCAUCCCAAUGGAACCGCGGGCGUCCGAGAGACACGUUACCAGUCCUCCGCUCCACGAGGGAUUCGGCUCGUUGGGAAGAUCACCCGGCCGGACGAAGAGCCGAUUGGCGACGUCAUACACCCCUUCGAACAUCCCACCGGAGCCCCUACCAUCCACGGCAGAAGCUUCACAGAAGGAAGUCCGCCGGCGGACCAUUCUCAUCACCCGCCUCUUCUCCGUUUCUCCGCCGGAUGAGGUUGAAAUGCCGGACCCUUCAACUUCAAAUUCUACAACCCCUACUCCCGGAAGUUCGACAUCAAAAAAUAGUAGCUAUCCCUUCCCCCAGGUUGCGACCAAUGGUUCUUCUCACUAUUCCGGGAGGAGAAGCACAAGGCCGUGCAGAACGCCCAUGUAUGCUAUUGGGAUCAUUCUGCACCUUCCGGUCUCAACGCCGCCCGCUCGUUCCACCUCCAACAGGGCAGGAUCGAAAUCUAACGGCGGCCAGGAUUCACUUGGUUCUUCCUUCGACUCGGAGCGCCGUUCGGGCUGGGCCUUUGUGGAUGCUACGUUCGGCGUAGAUUCGUUGCUCUCGCUAUCCGGCAACAGCGACGUUGAUGACCGGGUAGAUGUCAUUGGACAGCAUUGGGAUGUCAUCGUUCGCACGCUGACGAGCCUCCAAUUUCUCGUUCAGGAAAAGAUCAUGGAUCUGUUCAAGGCCGCUGAACAGUCAACUCCGCAGCCUCAGCUUCCGAGUCGGACUCAUGGAUCUACCAGAAGCUCGCACCGAGAACCAAUGAUGCCCCCUCGUCGUAUGCUGAAGUUGCAGCCGCUUGCACUGUUGUUUGAUCCCGACGUCAAAGCGGCUGUGGAAAACGCUGCUGAUCGAGUAGUCCGUGGGAUGAAAGUUCCUCGGGUCGUCACUGGCCAAGGUAGAUGGGGUGUUUGGCGCGAAGAAGCUCGAUGGCUCGGGCGUUGGGCCGGUGGAAGAGAGCAAAAUUUCUUCCUCUUCAACCUGCUCACUGCGUUCUUGGGUACACAUACGGAGUGGUUGAACAUCUUGGGACCGAAAUCAUACCGAACAAAGUACCGGGAGCAGCAGCGUAACAUCGCCGGCGAAGAUAUCACUAUUGCAAGUCGGACGAUUAUCAUUUCACCAGACAAGAUGGCUGCGAGACGUUUGAUCUUUCUGCUGUCGAACUUCCUUCCGGCUUCCAACCACGGUCUCUUGGAUGGCGCAUCGCCAAUGCGCCCCAGCACUUCGACCUCACUGCGAGGGUAUUCUCAGUCACCCCCGAAUGCGGCGGGAUUGGCGAGACAACAAUCCCUUAGGCGCACAAUCAACAGAAAGGGGCACAAGAGCUAUCCAAACAUGAGCGCCUUGAAUACCACAAAGGGGAGCAAUCCUGACCUACCUGAGGACACGGCAGAAGAAAAGGAAGAGAGACGCCCUCCAUCUCGAUCGGCACCUCACUCACGGCGACCAUCUCAAGUCCAUUCUGUCAGAUCGAUAAACCACACCGGCUUGGCGAUUCCAUCCAUGGUUGAGGAUCCUGCGGUGCGCAAGGGAAGCACGACCACUACUUCCACUGUCACCCCCGACACGGCGGUUCCUGUCGCGCAUUUCGCUGUUCAUCGGCACAACUCAGGUUCGCAAUCCUCCAACGAAACACGCCCACCGAGCAGUGGCAGUCUCGCCUCGGUCAAUCUAAGGCAUACUCUACACCGUACCGGAAGCACCACCGGCGGUCCCAGCAAUGAUUCCUCGUCAUCCAGCAAAUGGGGGAGCUUCAUGAAUUUCUGGGGCAGCGGCGGGCGCCGUGAAAACUCGUCUGAUCACAGUGACAUACUGCAGUCCACCGACGACGGUGUUAGCAUUGAGAGAUUCGGCUACAGACGGACACACAACCAUUCCGCAAGCAAGCUUGAGAACAUGGUCCAAGAGCUCCAGGUCGAUGAUUUCGAUCAAGCAGACUCGGAAGACUAUGAGGCAGCUACCAACGCGGAGCAGAGCCCCAUGUCUUCCGGUGCACCACACAGCGCGGCCCGUGCCAUCCCUGCCCGCUCCAAGCAUCUCGACUCCCCACUGAAACUUUCUGUCAACGAGAACGAUGGCGUCAUCGACGUGGACAUUGCUCUUCCUGGCUUCGGGUCACCGGUUCAGUCUCCUCUGCUUCCCGCGCUUGGUAAUUCCGUGGGGAGCCUUGAAGGUUCGACGUUCGGACCAUCCUUUUGCUCGUCAGCUAUAUCUCUGGACAGCCAACCUCCGGUCAACGUCGCCGGCUGGCUUGCGCGCUAUCACCAGGACUUCGCUCUCCAAGGUGUCCAACCGUACGUGGAUUUGGAGAAGGAUGUACGGAAGUCAAUGAGUGCUGAGCCGACCCCUGUUGCUGCUGUCACUACUCCCACUCUGGAGGGCGGCCCGCAGGAAAAGUGGGUGCACGUCUGCACCGCACUGAUUGCCGAUGCGAGGACUUUUACGAUCAAGAGGCUGCACCUUGAGCGCAAGGUUAGGUUGAUUCCUAUUCCGAGUCAACCAGCCAUCACUCCCGGAAUCACCGCACAGACGCCGGGGCCGCAAAGUCUGCCGAAGAGUCAAUAUGGCAAUCCGUAUACCAAUGGCUCAAGCUUGAUGCCAGCGGUCCCCAUGACGGAGCUGCAUUUGGAGGAGAAAUUCAUCGAAGAGACGGUCAUGGACCUUGACGAGACAUUGGCCGAUGCUUUGGAGAAGGGUAUCGCGUCUAGCGGUGUUAGCACACCUGCCCUCACGUCAAGCACGUCUUCGAUCGCGCCGGCAACUGCUACCCCAACUCAACGCACUUCUCAACUUCUGGAUAAGAACCACACGCCGCAGACAAGGACCCGUCUUCAGGAACAAGAACAAGAUGAGGACGUCAGCCCGAAGAAGCAGCCACCCGCCUCUUCUUCUGUCGCCACCUCUACUACCGUCUCCACCACGGCGUCGGCAUCGUCUUCACGCUCGUCUUCCCGCCGAGGCCGCAACAACGGUGUCCGCAUCAACACGCAACAGGAGGUUAGCGAUGCUGCGAGCACGAUCACAACGCUCGACAACAUGCCGCGCGGCAACCAGGAAUGCAAGUCACUCGUUCUCGGGGCGCUGGAUUCAAUAGUACGCAGCGUGGCGGCGGAGCGUAGUGGCAACUUCAUGCCUUCGCGGGCUGGAAAAGACGUCACGUCUUCGACAAACCGGCCCACGGCAGCCGCGAAGCAGACCAAGCGACGCGGCACCAGGAGCUCGGUUGCAGAGAGUCUGCACAAGGAGAGCACCCUCAGAGAGGGCAUCAGAGGAUGGUUGGCGCAGGUCGAAGAUGGAAAUUGA